UUGACACCGUGUAAACAAGUUCACUCGAGGUCAGCUGAUUGGUAGUGCUGGAGGCGGUCAGCGAGCGCGAGAUGGCAACUCAGAAGUUACUGAGCAAGGAUCCUCCUGAUAUAGAGAAUAUCCUAGCACUGAACCCCAGAGUUCUUCAUCAUGCCACCCUGAAGUCGUCCAAGGUGACUAAAGCUCACAAGAAACACUGGAAGAGGAACGGAGAGAAAGGCUGUCACUCAUGUGGCUCGGCGAAUCUGACCAAGAACUUUGACGACAUCAAACACACGACGCUGAGCGAGCGGGGCGCUCUGCGGGAAGCUGCCAGGUGUCUGAAGUGCGCCGACGCCCCCUGUCAGAAGAGCUGUCCAACGCAGCUGGACAUCAAGACCUUCAUCAGCAGUAUCUCAACUAAGAACUACUAUGGAUCCGCCAAGGCCAUUUUCUCAGACAACCCCCUGGGCCUGACAUGUGGCAUGGUCUGUCCCACCAGUGACCUGUGUGUGGGGGGGUGUAACCUGUUCGCUUCAGAGGAGGGACCAAUCAACAUCGGCGGACUCCAGCAGUUUGCCACUGAGACUUUCAUGGCGAUGAAGAUCCCACAGAUCCAGGAUCCCAGCCUGCCGCCGCUGGAUGAGCUACCGGAGAGUUACCAGGCUAAGGUGGCUCUGAUUGGCUGUGGACCAGCCAGUGUCAGCUGCGCUACGUUCCUGGCACGUCUCGGCUACACGGAUCUCACUAUCUACGAGAAGAAUGACUACAUAGGAGGACUGAGUUCCUCUGAGAUCCCCCAGUUCCGUCUGCCGUACAACGUGGUGGCGUUCGAGGUGGACCAGAUGAAGGAUUUAGGAGUCAAGAUUGUAUGUGGGAAGGCUUUAGGUGGGGAGGGGGGCUGGACACUGCAGUCUCUGAAAGAAGCAGGGUAUGAGGCUGUCUUCCUUGGAAUUGGUCUCCCCCAGGCCAAGCGGGCUGCCAUCUUCCAGGAUCUGACAGUUGAACAGGGUUUCUACACGUCUAAGGACUACCUACCUCUGGUGGCAGCUGCCAGCAAACCUGGCAUGUGUAGCUGCAAGUCUCAGCUGCCUCAGCUGUCAGGUAACGUGAUCGUGCUGGGAGCGGGUGACACCGCCUUCGACUGCGCCACAUCCGCCCUGCGCUGCGGCGCGCGGAGAGUCUUCAUCGUGUUCCGUAAAGGCUUCACCACCAUCAGGGCAGUACCGGAGGAGAUGGAGCUUGCCCGUGAGGAAAAGUGUGAGUUCAUGCCGUUCCACUCGCCCAAGAAGGUUGUACUGAAGAACGGUCGCAUCGCGGGGAUGGAGUUCUGUCGUACGGAGCAGGAUGACGAGGGGAACUGGACCGUGGAUGAGGAACAGGUGGUCAAACUGAAGGCUGAUUACAUCAUCUCUGCCUUCGGAUCCACCUUGUCUGAACCUGAGGUUGUGUCUGCCCUGUCUCCUGUGAAGUUGAACCAGUGGGGGUUACCCGAGGUCGACCCUGAGACCAUGCAGACCAGUGCACCCUGGGUGUUCUGUGGGGGGGACCUGGCCGGGGUGGCUCAGACCACGGUGGAGUGUGUGAACGACGGCAAACAGGCCUCCUGGCAUCUCCACAAGUAUCUGCAGUCCCUACAUGGCCUGUUUGUCCCCAGUGAGCCAGCCCUGCCCAAGUUCUACACACCUAUAGACCUGGUGGACCUGAGUGUGGACAUGUGUGGGAUCAGGUUUCCCAACCCGUUCGGCCUGGCCAGCGCCCCGCCCACCACCAGCGCACCCAUGAUCCGCAGGGCGUUCGAGGCAGGCUGGGGGUUUGCACUGACCAAAACAUUCGCACUGGACAAGGAUAUUGUGACCAACGUUUCCCCAAGAAUCGUAAAGGGCACCACCUCAGGGUACCACUAUGGUCCCGGGCAGGGUUCCUUCCUCAACAUUGAACUCAUCAGUGAGAAGACGGCUGCCUACUGGUGCCAGACUGUCACUGAGCUCAAGAGGGACUUCCCUGAUAAGAUUGUGAUAGCGAGCAUCAUGUGCAGUUAUAACAAGGAUGACUGGAUAGAACUGGCCCAGAUGGCGGAGAAGGCAGGGUCUGAUGCCCUGGAGCUGAACCUGUCCUGUCCUCACGGCAUGGGGGAGAGGGGCAUGGGACUGGCCUGUGGACAGGAUCCUGAGUUGGUGCGUAACAUCUGUCGCUGGGUCAGGUCUGCCAUCAAAAUCCCCUUCUUUGCCAAGAUGACUCCCAACAUCACUGAUGUCACUGUCAUAGCUCAGGCAGCAAAGGAAGGCAUGGCUGACGGAGUGACGGCCACCAACACCGUGUCAGGGCUGAUGGGACUGAAGGCCAACGCACGCGCCUGGCCUGCCGUCGGACAGGAGAUGAGGACCACGUACGGAGGUGUCUCCGGGAACGCCAUCCGCCCCAUCGCUCUCCGUGCCGUGUCCGCCAUUGCUCGCGCUCUGCCGGGAUUCCCCAUCCUGGCCACGGGCGGGAUCGACUCUGCUGAAGCUGGACUGCAGUUCCUGCACUGUGGAGCUUCUGUACUACAGGUGUGCAGUGCAGUACAGAACCAGGACUUCACAGUGGUUGAGGACUACAUCACAGGGCUGAAGGCCAUGUUGUACCUCCAGAGCCUGGACGACCUGGCCGACUGGGACGGACAGAGCCCCCCCACCCUCCGCCACCAGAAGGGCAAACCUGUCAAGGUCACUGACGUCAUCGGAAAGCACCUGCCAUCCUUCGGCCCUUACAUGUCCCAGCGUGAGGAAAUCAUUGCCAAACAUCACGAAACAUCGGAGAUUCUGGCAGAACAGAACAUGCCAGAGCCGCAACGCCCCGCACGUGUGCCAGACAAACCUGUUCCAACUGUCCAGGAUGUGAUUGGUCGAGCCCUGUCCACCAUCACCAGUUACAGCCAGCUGGAUAACAAGCAGCAGACGGUGGCUCUGAUAGACGAGGAGAUGUGCAUCAACUGUGGCAAGUGUUACAUGACCUGUAACGACUCCGGUUACCAGGCCAUCACGUUCGACCCUGAGACCCACCUCCCUCACAUCACGGAGGACUGUACGGGCUGUACGCUCUGCGUCAGCGUCUGUCCCAUCAUCGACUGCAUCACGAUGGUUCCGCGUACCGUCCCGUACAUCCCCAAGCGUGGAAUCCCGCUGGCCACGGAGCCACAGGCUCCUUCCCGCCCUGUGCCCACUCACGAUGGCGUCAGGGUGAACUGAACAACGCCACAGUGACCAGUUGUGUCUUGUUCUAAGACUCAACUUACAAAAUUUAUUCAGGCCACACCAAUUUAAUUUCUUGGUUAACGGAUUCGCCCGCUUUAUUUUUAUCU